UAGAUGGUCGUUAAUACCUGGGGCUCCCCGGGAUUGUUCAUAACAACAGAGGAAGCCGCACCAGCUCUGACCAAAUAAAGCCCAGUCGCGGGUUUUAGAUCCUGUUUUGGUACCGCACUAACGGAAACUAUCGUUAACGCGUUCCUGUGCGAACAGGCUUCGUUCCUCCACUGAUAGCUAUUGUUUGUACCGAGCUAGCUUUGUCCUUCUUCGCAGUCACAGCUGUGGUGGGUUGCUGAUAUAUUUAUAUCAAAUCGUUGUGGAAUAUGGCUCAGCAUGGACAUCAUGUAGCCAGUUCCCAAAAAGCACUAAUGCUGGAGAUGAAAAGUCUCCAAGACGAGCCAGUCGAAGGGUUCAAAAUAACUUUGGUGGACGAGUCGGACAUGUACAACUGGGAAGUAGCGAUAUUCGGACCCCCAAACACACACUACGAGGGUGGUUAUUUUAAGGCUCGAAUCAAGUUCCCGGUCGACUACCCGUACUCCCCACCAGCUUUCCGCUUCCUCACCAAAAUGUGGCACCCCAACAUUUACGAGAACGGAGAUGUAUGCAUCUCUAUCCUGCACCCACCAGUGGACGACCCACAGAGCGGAGAGUUGCCUUCAGAGAGGUGGAACCCAACACAGAACGUCAGGACCAUCCUGCUCAGUGUGAUCUCUCUGCUGAACGAGCCCAACACCUUCUCCCCGGCCAACGUGGACGCAUCCGUCAUGUACCGCAAGUGGAGGGACAGCAAGGGCAAGGACAGAGAAUACAUCGAGAUCAUCAGGAAGCAGGUGCUGGCUACCAAAGCUGACGCAGAGCGGGACGGCGUCAAAGUUCCCGUCACGUUGGACGAGUACUGCGUCCGCACCCAAGUCCCACCCACAGACGACGGCUCCAACCUCUUAUACGAUGACUACUACGACGACGAGGAACUAGAGGACGACGACGAUGAGGACGACAACGAGGACUGUUGCUAUGACGAGGACGACUCAGGCACAGAGGACUCCUGACCGCGCCUCCCCGUCGCGUCACCCCCCUUCGCCCCUGACCGGUCCUUGUCCUCACCACCGCCACCCCCACACGCCUCGCUCUCUUGUCAUGGACUGAACUUUAACUCCCCGCCCUCCCUUCUUCCCGAAUCCCACCAAACCCCUCAUCAUCCUCACUUAGCACAGGCCCCCCUGUCCACCUUCUGUCACAUGUGCAGUCACAUUAUGCACACUAAAACCUGAUGCAUCGAAGAAAAGAAAGCUACAGAGUUGUUUUUUCUGUUUCUUACAUAUUUCUUUUAUUUUGUUAUUUGUUGUGUGGGUAGAGGUUACACACACGAUACACGCAGAACAGCACAACUUACUGUAAUAGUACUGAGAACUGGUUUCAAUUUUCCUCAAAAGCAUUUUAGCUCAGAGAGCUAUUUCUUCCUCUGGCUUUAAGUGGAACAAAGCGUAACAGAGGGGCAAGUUUCUUUGACAAAAUUUGGCUGAGGAAUGGGCACGCCUUCUCUCGGCAUCAACAGCAGGGAGGAAUGUAACAUCACAGGUCACGCCAGAUCAGAGUAAACAAAACUCGCGUACAGUAUGUGUGUUCUGAAAAGCCGAGUCACUUCCAUCUCUGAGCCGUGUGUGCGUGCGUGCGUGCGUGCCUCUGGGUUAACAGGCUGUUUGAAGCCCUGCCACGUUUCACCUCUGACCCUUUGAGCCCCAGGGCUUGUGCUGCUCCAAACAGUGAAUUUACCCAUUUAAAAAAAAAAAAAAAGCCGUUCGCACUCCCUCGUGCCUUCCCUCACUCCCUGAUAUCACAGAUCUGGACGACUCGUGGGACAGGCCGCGCACACACAGCGGGUCGAAGCAAACCCCGACCAGCCAGACAAACAAAGGUGGCAGAGGGGAGAUAUUCAUGCUCGCAAGGUCCCAGGUGGGGACACAAACAGCGACCCUCCUGAUGGAACAAGUUUCAUCUUAUUUAUAGCAGCACCUGUCAGAUUUGUCCGGGGUUGUGAGUGAGAAAGGUGAGAUCUCAACAGCUGAACUGAAGAAUGGAAUGUAGAUCAGAAUCCCACAAACGUCCUCUACUGACUGCCACGCAGCCUUCAUCACACAAGCACGUGCUGCUAGUGGCCUGGAUGCAUUAAGAAACAGCUAGCUGAGCCUGCCGCUGCUCAUGAAAUCUAAUGUACUGUAUUUAAAAAAAAAAAAAAAAGAAAGAAAAACCUAUGCAGUGC